AUGGACCAUGACAUCAAAGCCAAGUCAGAAAUUAAAAAAAGAUUUGACGAGAUCUGGUCGAAAAUCGGGCCGAGCUACAACUUGCCUCGCAAGAUCAUCCAUUUUGGGUUUAGCGGGGAUAUCGCCAAGUUCACAUCAGCCCUGAAAGGCUCCAUUCAUCUCCGGUAA